AUGGGCCCUGGGGCUCGUCAAGAUACACUGGACGAUCAUUUUGGCGACUACAAUUGGAAGAAGGUUACGAACUUCGGUAUCAGUCUACUGAGCAAAAUGAAGACUGCGAUUCCCAAACGUGACCGACACCGACAAGACUUUGAUGACUUUCACCUUACGCUUAUGGAAGAACGACCGGGUGAGGUAGGACAGUGGAAAGAAUCUAUUGAGGACUGGGAGGCCGACACCUCCAACAAAAACCCCUUCGAGACAACGACCAUCACCUUGAUGCAGGCUGCCGUGCACCUUAGACUCUCCCAACAGGAAGCUGAAGAUCUCGAAAGAGGUCUCAACAACUCAUUACACACGGAGAUAUCACCCAGUGUACUCAUUUCAUUGGGAAUUGAUCUCAAAGAACAACAAUUUCGCCUGCAGCAAGAUUAUAAUGCUCUGAGCGGCCAUCCGACAGACUUGCAGCUGACGAAGCUGCAAGAGCGUUCGAACGCACUGCUGCGCAAGAUCAAACAGUGGUGCAAGGUCCAACUACUCUACAUGCCUGCCGUUGGCCGCCUGCGUGCAUUGGCAGAUGCACAAUCAGCUCGCGAGGAGAAGGCCUAUGAUAUCAAACUUUUCCAACCGUCGAAGCUGAAGGAGGCAGCUGAGAUGUCAUAUGAUGAGCGGCUUUGUGAAUACGAAUGGGAGCUGCGGCGUGCACAAGCACACGAUGCUCUUGAUGAUGCUCGCCGGCAACUUCAUCUAUGCACACACCUUUACAGGUUUAAGGACGCCCACAUUCGUGGGCAACGCGCCAACACCAGGGCAUCCUCCAUGCUCGCAAAGGCCUGGGCAGCAGUGAAGAUGCUGUCGGCGGUCAUGGACAAACCAAACUGGGAGGUAGAAUUGCCUGAGCUGCUGGCGGCCAAUAUUCGUGGGAUGUCUGAGGGAGACUUUGGUCAAUCCAAAGGCAACCGCACCCUUUCGUGGAUCUGGAAGGCUCGGGGGGUGGCUGCGAUACAAGAAGAUGGCGAGGCUGUUUUAUCAGAAGCUUUGCGUAUCGAAUGGUGCAAAUCGAGGGCGCGCGCCCAUCGUUGGGCCAAAGAAGUCAAACUCCUGCAAGAGGAGAUGUGGCAUGUAGCUAGUUUUCUUUCGUGGCAUGCAGGGUGGUGGGAGGAGCAGGCAAAUCAGAGGACCAUUCUGGCUGCACCUGAACAGGAGGGCAUCGAGGGUUAUGCAAAACGCCAGGCCACUCUUCGUAGAGCUAUGCAGGACCGAUUUCAGAAGAUGUGGAGUGUCGUGCCGGCGCUUCUCCAGUCCACGUCACCCCGCAAUAUCCCUAUGCACUUCAAUCCAGGUGGUCGGGCAUGCUCUGACGCUGUCUCUGCAAAACUCAUUAAUGGCUAUAUUUAUUCCACUACGGAAGACUCGAAUGGCUAUGUCCCGAGACCAACAACCUAUCCAAUGCAAGGCUACAUCCACGUAUUUUCGCAGUUGAAUAAGUCGCGUCAGAAAUAUUCUAAGGUUGGAACGCUCAAGUCAAAUUUAAAGGUUGGUGAGAGCAGGGAGAAAGCCGUGAAUGAACGUGUACUUGAGAAUGGUUGA